AUAAAACCAACCCUUUCUAUCACUGAUCUCUCCAAAAUAUUAUCCCAUUCCAAUUCAAAAAUCCCCUAAAAAACCAUGUUCAUCCUCACCAAACCUCUCUUUGCUUCCCUCCUUCUCUCUCUCCUCUUCCUCCACUUUGUGGAAUCCAACGGCGUGGGUUUACUCCCUCCAAAUCCUCGGAGAAUGGAUUGCCGCGGGGCUUGUACGAGAAGGUGCACCUUGUCGUCGAGGCCGAGGCUGUGCAAUAGAGCGUGUGGGACAUGCUGUCAGCGAUGCAACUGCGUUCCGCCAGGAACUUCCGGCAACCACCAUCUCUGCCCUUGCUACGCCGCCAUGACCACCCACGGCGGCCGCCUCAAGUGCCCUUGAAUUAACCCGUUGACUGCCUCAACUUCUUGUGUAUGUGUAUGUGUAUGUGUAUGCGUAUGUGUAUAUAUACAUGCAUAAAUAAUCAUAAACCUAUAAACAGUAUGUGUUUUGUUUAUGGAAAUGGAUUAUGAAUGUAAACUUUUGUGGUUUUCUUAUUCCUUACGCCCAUGUAGUAUAAAACUAAUCGGCUAUAUUUAUCUAUUUUUUAGAAAAAGUUUCUAUUGAAAAUGAUAGUGGGAUGAAGAGUAACUUCGUAA